UCCCACUUUGUAUAGUUGACAAUAUUAUCCUGUAUUGCAUCGAUUUUGGUACUUUCCUUUGCUUUUUAUUUGGCUGAUUUAGGAAGAUGGGAAAUGAGGUGCCAGAUUUUGUUUUCAUUACUAAGGAUUUAUAUUUGAAAAGCUGCUUGAUAUCAUGAGACAGACACAUAAGUAUAGCACUUUGUUUAAUACCUUUGCGAUUUCAUGAGCAUCAUGUUUGCUUGUUAUCUUUUUAAUUUGUUUGUUCAAAAUCAUGAUUUUAAUUUUGAUUAGUAGACUGUGUUGUCACUAUAUCUUCUGCUCACUAACUUACAAUAUCAAAUUUAGGGCUACUUUAUUUCGUGUUGUCUCUUAUUUCCUUCUCACUCUGAUGUUCCAUACCACGAGGAGGAGAAAACUUAUAUCAAGUUUCUUCUAUCAAAUACUGAAGCCGGUUUAAUUAUUGGAAAAGGUGGCUCAACAAUCACCGAGUUUCAGUCCCGUUCUGGGGCAAGAGUUCAGUUGUCACGCAACUUUGAGUUUUUCCCUGGUACGUCAGAUAGGGUUAUAAUGGUAUCUGGGCUUGUGGAUAAUAUACUCAAGGCAGUUGAACUUAUUCUUGGUAAAUUGAUAGAUGAGUUUUAUGCUGAAGAUGGUGAUGACGUGCGGUCAAAAGUUAGACUAGUUGUGCCCAACAGCUCUUGUGGUGGAAUUAUUGGGAAGGGAGGAGCCACUAUAAAGGCUUCUCUCACCUUCUGUAGCCGAGGAUCUAUCGGAAACAGUCUCUCUGCCCUUCCAGGGUAGGGGUAAGGCUGCGUAUUUCCUACCCUCCCCAGACCCCACUUGUGGGAUCACACUGGGUUGUUAUUGUUUGUUUGUGAUUGAAGAUAAAUGUGAUCAGUAAAUUCAGUCACCUUCUCUUACCUAUCCGGAAAAAAAUAUAUUCAGUCACCUUCUCUUGUAUUAAGCUAAAAGGGGGAUUGUAGUCCAUGUAGACAGACUGUUUAGGGUGCUGUAGGAAAAGAUUUCUUGUUGCAUAGUUAUUAAGGAUUAAAGUAUACGUUCUAUCAUUUUCUUAAGUGAUUAUUUUUUGUUACAAACAAAAAUAUGUUUUAGACUUGGGACUAUUUUGCUGACCCCAACUUGCUUGGGAUUGUGGCAUAGUUGUUGUUGUAUU